AUGGCUGCUACUGCUUUUGGGUAUGUGGGCGUGUUGGUGUCAGAUCCAUGGCUCCAGAACCAGUUCACGCAAGUCGAGCUUCGAUCCCUCAAGUCCCAGGUGAAGGUCUUUCCUCCUUGUCCUAUUUAGACUUCUGGACUGGAAUGGCUGUUAAUAUUUUUCCGCUUUUUUUUUUGGUGCUGUUCCUUUGCUGCUUGAAUAUUUAUGCUUCGGUAGUACCUCGCCAUGAGGGAUCUCUCCGACGGUGGCAUGAAAAUGACCGCCGCUGACCUAGCCGGUAGAAUGUCGGACUUGAAAUUGGCCGGUGGAUCUCUUAGCGGCGAGGAGAGGGGGUCCUUCCGGGAUUCCUUUCCCGACCUAGGUCAACCGGCGGACUUCGAGCUCUUCCUCCGGGUACAUCCUCUUAUUCUCGCUUUCUUUCUUGUCCUGUUAACAUCUAAAGCAACAGUGUGAAUUCUCGUUACGGGAAUUUUGCAGAUGUACUUGAAGCUUCAAGGGCACACAGGGACCAAGAACUCCUCUGCCUUUCUCAAGGCUGCAACAACGACGCUGCUUCACACUAUUAGCGAGUCCGAGAAGGCCUCCUACGUUGAACACAUAAAUAACUACCUUGCCGGAGAUGAGUUUCUUAAGAAAAUCAUCCCAAUCGAUCCUCUCACUGAUGACCUUUUCGAGAUAGCAAAGGACGGUGUUCUCAUGUGGUGCGUUUUCCUCUCCUCGAACUCGUCCAUUUUCUUUAUUUUUUAUUUUUUAUCGGUGAGAGGAAUGGUUUAAACGGUGGACGAUGCAAUAUGCAGUAAGCUCAUCAAUGUUGCUGUUCCUGGAACUAUUGAUGAGAGGGCCAUCAAUACCAAGGCUCUGCUCAACCCGUGGGAGAGAAACGAGAAUCAUACCCUCUGCCUCAAUUCAGCCAAGGCCAUAGGUUGUACAGUAGUUAACAUUGGGACAGAAGACUUGAUUGAAGGGAGAGUAAGUUGUCAUCUCUGUUCUGUGUUAUGGCCUGCUUUAUUUUGAGAUUGCAGGAUCCAGAUAACUCGAACUUCAUAAUGUUUUUUGGUUCCAUUUUGCGUUUGUUUCUCUCUAGCUUUCCUUUUUCUCAUUUAUAUAAUUCCCCUCAUGAACGGUUGUCUACAUUUAAAAUAAGACGACCCAUCGUCUUAUUUUAAACCGUCUUCUAGUUACCAUCAUUUCCAGUAUCAGAAUCAGGAAAAUUGUUUUGUAUCUACUAAAUGACUGAAGAUUGAUAAAGACUUUACCAACUUUUUCAGCCUCAUCUUGUGCUUGGGCUGAUAUCGCAAAUCAUUAAGGUAUGCAAUGGCUCUCUUUAUUUAUGUAUCUUAUUGACGGAUUUUGUCCAUCAUUUUCAUCCACAUUGUUCCAACUAUCUGUGAUCAUGGACAUGGUUGCUAGCCCGCUAUUCCACUUCAUUGUAUUUUUCUUAAUACAUUCCAGGAUAUUUUAUUUUCGUUUUCUCCACAUUUUUGCCCUAAAAAAAUGAUAACAUGCCACGUAAUUGGUGCUCAUAUUGGUUCCUGUGUGUCACGUAAAUUCAAACUUCUCAUUUGGAGUUUAAUCACUUCGUACUCACAGCAGAUUGAAUUUACUCCUUCGAAAUGAUAUCCUAGUGUUAUAAUUUUAGCACAAGCUUUUUCAAUAUAAAUCCACUUUUCUGGUAUAUUCCUCAAAUCCACUAUGGCAUCUUUGACAACAGAAAUGUUUUUACAAUAGAUAAUCUCUGGAUUCAUGCUAUGGUUCCCAAGGAGUGUGGAGGUUCUAUUGUACCAAAUCUUUCAAUGUAUGUGUCUACGCUGAAUUCUGGAGAAAUACUUAAGCGUGCACAUUUCUCAAGUUUUUCCCCUUACAGGAGUGUUCAAUAUAGCAUCACCAGUGUCGCCUUUGAGAUUUAUUUUGUUUAUAAAUGUUUUUUAUUUAUGUUGCAAACAGAUACAACUUUUGGCUGAUGUUAACUUGAAGAAGACUCCUCUGUUGGUGGAGUUAGUUGAGGAGAAUAAGGUGAAAACUUUUCUUUCUCUUCCUUUUGGUGGUUCAUGUUUGUUGUCAGGAUAUUUAUUUCAUAUGGAGGUUUGAGUGAAGAAAUUUGUAACUGGAUAUUUUCAUUCCUAAAACUUUGCGACCUACAGGAUCUAGAUGAGCUAAUGAAUCUUGCACCUGAAAAGAUUUUGUUAAAGUGGAUGAAUUUCCAACUGAAGAAAGGUGGUUACUCAAGGACCGUGACAAACUUUUCCUCAGAUGUGAAGGUUUGUGCUAAGCUUGUUUCUUGAACUGCUAGGGGCUUAAGUUUAUUACAGAUUCACUUUUUUGCAACUUAGAGCAAUAACUUGUUGCAUUUGCGGCGAUAGUUCUUAAUGGCUACUUUUAUUCUGAAAACAAGCAAAAAAAACAUAAUAUUUAGAAAAAUAUCGCUCACACUCAUUCUAGUUCCACAAGGGUACCUGUGGAUUAGUAGUACUGCCAGGGAUUUGUUUGACCUCUUGUCUGGGUUGGCUAGGGGCCGUCGUUUUAAAAGGUAAAACCUUGCAAGAAUCCAGUAGGAUAAAACCUUUAAAAGUCGGUAAGAACUUGCGUUUAACUGGCCACAUAAUUUUUUCCGAGCACAGUAGAGUAACAACAAUGUAGUGUCCUUAUUUUUCUUCCUCAUACUCAGGGAAAAGGUGACGUGACAAUAAUGUUGAAAACUGUUUUUGUUCAGUUCUCCUAUACGGAUUCGUUUUCAUUUCCUUUCUCAAAUGGAGGAUACACGGAACAGAACUUUUCAAGCAACAUGUUUUUCUAUUCUGUAAAUGGCAGGAUAGCGUUCUUUUCAUUAAGAGUGCCAUGCUGGCAUAGGCUCAAACAUUGGAAGGUACCAUCCAUGGUAUGCUGAAACAGAUGUUGAUGGUCAUGGAGGAUACUAUGCAAUGUACUUGUGGUCAUGAAGGGUAGUAUGUAACAGAGGUCGAGAGCCAAACACGGCAAUAAGGGUUCUAAUAGACUUGAGACAGAGGACGAUGUUCUUUGUUAACAAUCACAGUAAUAUCCUGGUUUGAUGAUCUUCAAGGUGAAUCUAGUGGUAUCCUCACCAAUUAGUUCCGGUUAUUGAUGGGGUGAGAGAAAGGUGCUGACCUUGUGGGCAGGUUAGCCCAAUGUUGACCCAAUUUCACCAUAUGUUGUCAAGAGCUGUAAAGUUCCUGCCAAUGCAUUAGGGAGUCACCAUGAAUAUGUUGCAUGUGGGAUGCCACAAAUGGUUGUUUUAAAAUUAAUAGCGAGAUGCACAAACGGAUUCAGAGAUUAGGUCGCUAUAUGUAUAGGAUCCCCAGGGGACUAAUAUAGGAGGCAAAGUGGUGGCGGUCCUCCGGGCUGUAAGCCAAAUUUAUAUCUUUACAUCGGGAAAUCAUAUACAGUUCUGAUCUAUAGAGGAAAAUUUUAUUUAUCCAUCCAUCUCAUGUACUUGUGGUAAACAAACUUGUAGGACGCUACAGUUUUCUGUUGCUUUCUGACAAUAGUAUGCUGUAGAUUUUUCUUCUUCUGAUAAUUCUUUUUUUUUAGAGAUUGAUUCCAACUUUCCGUAGAAUCAUUCUGAUCUGAAUGAAAGUUUCAAGUUAAAUUCCCAAAAUUAUCUUUGCCAGUUCAGCCUUGUAGAACAGUUAUAUUCUGCUCAUGUCUUUGGAAUAUUUUUCAGUCUUUGAGUUGGUGAUUUAUUUGUGUGACAGGAUGCAGAGGCUUACACUUGUCUUCUGAAUAUUCUUGCUCCUGAACAUUCUAGUGGGAGUUCUGUGACUGUCAAGGAUUCUCUAGAAAGAGCAAAGUUGGUUCUUGAGCAUGCAGAAAGAAUGGGCUGCAAAAGAUACCUGACCCCAAAAGACAUAGUCGAAGGUUCAACGAAUCUUAAUCUGGCUUUUGUGGCACAUAUUUUCCAGAAAAGGUGAGAACAUUAUGACACCAUGUGAAGUUAUCAAAAUUACGACGUUAGUAUUAGAGCAUUUUUAUUAUUUAAAUUUCUGGAAUCAUUUGGCAAUUUCCGGGCACAGUUUCUGGUCAUAAAUUACUUGCAAAAGUUGAUUUUGGUUUUCAGGACAUUUUGUGAAACAUGAAAUACCUCGAUAUUUUGAAAUGCAUCGACCGUUGGUCUUUGGUUUCAAUUAGUCCUUGGUAGAGUUAUGACCCUUUUAAGUAAACCAGGGAGGAAACCAAUAAACGAAAAUUUUAGAAGUAGCACUUUCGGAAAAACUGCAGGUGGGGGAUUUUCCCAGGUUUGGAUCAUUCUUGAGAUUCCGCACUAUGACAAAGGAUAAUGUGAAUGAAUUUUUUUUAUAUUAAAAACUGAUAUAUCAUGGAACCGGUCUUCCUGGCAUUCCUUUUGCCUUCAGGAUUUUGAUCCAGAAAUCUUAUCUAUUUGACUCUUUUUCUGUUCGCACCAUAUGUUUUAGAGCAUAUCGAUGUGAUAGUUUACAAUUUUUCUAAAUCCACUGCCCUUUACGGUCUGUUGUCAGAAAAUUUAUGAAAAUUAUGAUGACCUCAGGAAUCCAUGGAGUAAUAAGUUAUUCACUGUGCAUGGUACCAGUUAUAAAUCUUCUUUUGUGAUUUCUUUUUCAUGAGUGUGCAUAAUCGGAUGAAUACAGGAAUGGUCUGUCCUCCAAGGCGAAGCAAAUCACAAUCUUCGAAACAAUGGAGGACAUACAAGUUUCUAGGGAGGAGAGGGUCUUUCGGAUGUGGAUCAAUAGUUUGGGAAUUUCAACAUAUGUCAAUAAUAUAUUUGAAGAUCUUCGAGAUGGGUAAGUAUGGUUUCUGGAAUGUUUGCAAGUUGAAUGGUUGACGACAGGAUAUGUUGAUGAAAUUCUUGCUUUCUUUCUUUCAUCCUUUCUUUCUUUGUAUAGACUGAUGGUCAUUGAUAAAAUAUGCUUUACUAUUUAGGUGGAUACUCCUGGAGACUAUUGACAAGAUAUCACCUGGUACGGUUUGUUGGAAGACUACAAGCAGGCCUCCAAUCAAGAUGCCAUUCAGGAAAGUAGAAAACUGCAAUCAAGUCGUGAAGAUAGGGAAGCAAUUGAAGUUUUCCUUAGUUAAUGUUGCUGGGAACGAUAUUGUGCAAGGGAAUAAAAAACUUAUUCUAGGUGUGCGCACUGUGAGACAAGACUUUAUGUUCUUUCCUACUUACUAUUUCUUUGCCCGUCUUCGAUUUACUGUGCCCUUGAGUAGUCUCAAGUGUUUGCAAUUUAGUGUUUUCAAGUUGCUUUGAAAAAGGACUUCUUACCUUGGCCUGUAUUGAAGAAGCUUGUUGAAAAUUCUAUUGGAAAGCUUGAUGAUAAAGUUUCUGCAGUUCAGCGAUCUGAGAUUUUCAUGGAAUUUGUGCAUUACUCUUUCCCUUCUUUUUCUGAUUUUUUUUUUUUUUUUCCCCCUCCAGGGUUCCUUUGGCAGUUGAUGCGAUACAACAUCCUCCAACUGUUAAAGAAUCUGAGAUCUCAUUCCCCUGGGAAGGACAUAACAGAUGUAGAUAUCUUGAACUGGGCAAACAAUAAAGUGAAGGAUUCAGGAAGGCGGUCUCAUAUCGAAAGCUUAAAGGUUCUCCUCCUCCUCCUCUGUUUUUCCUUCUUAACCCAUGUUUUCGUUCACGCCUCACUGAAAUGCUUCACACCGCAUAUUCUUCUUAAAAAUCUGUUGAUUCCUGCACCUUGGCAUAUUUUUCUCUGAGGUAUGAGCACACCUUCGCCGUAGAAACUCAAGCCUAAAGUCUUCUGGCGUGAGGUUUUAUUUGGCUUCUACUUUUGACUGAACAGUAUUGUUGGUGUAGACUUCGUCGUUACUCCCAUUUGAUCUAUUAGUUGAUCCACAGUCGACUACGUGGCUUUGUGAGAAACUAAGGGAUAUAAAAGUAGUUGAUGCGGAGGAAGGAGAUUGCCAGAAAGAAAGCUGGUUUGUGCGAUAUGAUUAGUGAUGCACAUUGAAAAUAUGAUCGUACGUGAUGAUUUCCUUGCUCCCACCUUCUAAUUAACUUCAAACCAGCUAUGAUGCUUCAGGUUCCACACACACACACACACACACACAAAAAAAAAAAAAGGGAUCCGACCAGUAUUCCCAUUUUCUUGAAUCAAGGCGAGGUUCAAGACCAUUAUCCUCCUUUACAUCCAAUGCUAGUUGCAUUCUUAUACCUAGGAAAGCACGAUUAAUGAUGCUGUUAUUUCAUGAUCAUGUUUAUAUGAUCAACAGGCACAUAUUAACCUCACAUUCAUUGUGGGGACAACUGCGAAUCCAUAGGGUUUUCUGUUGGCACCACUAAGUACCUUCAGCACAGUGGAAGAAGAAGGCUAAGAGUGGUUUAGCUUUCUAUUGGUACAUUUGCAUUUUUAGAAAAAGUGGAGUUCAGUUGACUUGGUUAUCCAAGUGCUGCUGCCUUUAGAAUGAGAAGGGUCCAUCCACACACAAAUUAAAAAAAAGAAAGGAAAACAAAAAGGGUGAAAGAAAGCAAGAAGAAGAGUGGAAAAUGAGGUCAAUGCAUUACGGUUCACCACCCUCAAAAAUUAGAAUCUUCUGGGCUUAAUUAUCCUUCGUCUGUUCAAAUUUAGAUAAUGGUUCACCCUUCCGUGAAUAUUAUUCUUAUAAUAAUAAUAACAUUGGGUCUUAUCUCCGUUGACCUUCAUCAAUUCGAUGUCUUCCUAUCUCUCCAGGACAAGACUCUCUCCAACGGCAUCUUCUUCCUCAGUCUUCUCAGCGCGGUUGCGCCGCGAGCUGUUGACUGGACUCUCGUGAAAUCAGGAGAGACAGGUACACACACAUACUCACACAAUCUCAGUUCUAAGCUCUCUGUAACGAUCUCUUUCUUUCCGAAAAUGGCAACAUUUCUGCCUUUUUUUUUUCUUUCUUUAAAUGAAAAGCUUCUUCUCCUGAUUGCCCUUUCAUUAUUCUCCUUGGUUUCUGCAGAAGAUGAGAGAAAACUGAACGCCAGCUACAUCAUCACGGUAGCCAGGAAGCUCGGCUGCUCCAUAUUUCUGCUGCCAGAAGACAUAUUGGAGGUACCAACGGCACCAGUUUCUGGCCCCUCUCUGUCGGGGGUUGCCUUGAUGAACACGUGGCCUCAUCCUGUUUCCUUUUGGGCAGGUGAAUCAGAAGAUGAUGCUCACGCUGGUGGCCAGCAUCAUGUUCCGGUGCUCCCGGCCCUCGCCUGAGGACUCAUCCGGACCGUCCGAUACCGACGGGGGGAGCCCAUCGGAGGACUCCGCCUCCGAGACUUCGACGGAGGAGAGCGGGAGCGGAUUAUAG